AUGCAUAAAACUGAUCAAGCGAACGAAGGCAAUAUUCCCGAGAAAGAAGAUAAUAUCGAGAUAUACGAACACCAGCGAGUAAAAUCUUUGAUAGAGGAGCUUCUACUGCAAGGAGAAAAUAAGGUUAUAACGGAACAACUACUAAAUCCAAACUAUUAUGAAAAAAAGAAUGACAUGAAUGCAAACACAGCUACUAAACUAGGCAAAGACGAUUUAAAUCAAGGUAAUUUAACGGAUUUGCGCAAGCAAAUGGCAUCGAUAAACACACAAACUCCAGAAUUGUCAACCAAUGUAACCCCAGAAGGAUUGCUUGACGAAAUUGAGAAUUUGGUUCCUAUUAAAAAUACAACAAACUUCGACAAUCACAAGCUACUCACUAAGAGCAACGAAGCUACUUUUAAUUCCACUCAGAACGGCACCAACCACAACUCGCUCAACCCACCGGAUACUACAGUGCGACAUGCCACGAUAUCGCUCCAUAUUUACAGCACCAAAGAACAGAAUGAGUCUGGGGAUCAUCCAAUAGACAUCCUGAGUAUGAACAUUAAGAAUGUUGGCGGCAAUGAAACUCUGAAGCAGCAGUUAGACUUUUUACAAAAGAAUGCGGAGAAUAUCAAAAAACAACAACACAUAGUUGGUGAAAAUGGUGUGAACAUUCUAGAAAGGACUGAAUAUACUAAUGUAGACCUAACGGAAAGCGCGCUGGUUAAUAAUAUAAACAGUAAUCAUGAAAACUUGACAGCCAUUGCUGCCACAAAUUACAACCAAAAAGUCAAUCAGACUUCCUCAACUAAUGUAUUAGCGGAAUUACCAAUGCCUCUAGAGGAACCAAUGGAUUUUAAUGAAGAACCAGUUAAUUCAUAUGCAGUUCCUGUCUUGAAGGAUCUUACCACUACAAUAAAAGUAGGACAACAAAAUGAGUCUACAAAUCUUAACGUUGCGUCGUUUUAUCAUGACAAACUGAAACUAUCCGAACCUCCAAAUCAAUCUAGCGUUAAAAACGAGAGUCAUCAAGCAGAAAUUACGCCGUCUGAUGAUGGUAUUUUAGAACAGCAAAAACAUGGCACUUACUAUGUUACUUUAAACCAACCGUCGAAUUAUAGCAAUGAAUUGGUUAACGGCACGACGUCAUAUGAUCCGAUGAAACUUCGCCAAUCACCAGCAAACCCGUCUAAGGAAAACCAGUCUUCAAAUUCAGACGAUGAAACGAGCUUUCCAUCAAAUGAAGAAUUGUCACAAUCAAUUGAAUUGAUGGAUAUCUAUGGAUUUAGCAAACCACAAAAGUUAGUCAUGGGUUCCUUAUUUGAGCCCUCGAAGCCAACAAUAUCCACAAGCGCAUCAUCAAAUACUUCCAAAACAGCAAAUAUAGAAGAGGCUUUUAAGCGUCUCACAGAAAUAUUUGAUGAGUAUUCAGUACCCAUUUCCAGCGUGUUACAGCAACUAUCGGAAGGACUUGAGGAAAAACCAGCAAUCGCAAAUUUACCUAUGAAUACGGACGAAUUCGAAAAUUCACAAAAAACUCAGGUUUUCAAAGAAAACAACGAAAGACCUGAUAUGCUAGCAGCUUCGAGGCAUGAUGAAUCCGAUUCUAUGGAGCUUGGUUAUGGCUCGGAUUAUACCAUAUUUCAGAGCCAGAUGAAUUUCUCAAAUUUCAUACGCACCAAAGAGGUUGUAAGUGACGAGAGUAGUUCGAAUCAAAGUCUUGCUCAUGAAGUGCUUGAUAGUGACGAAGGCACAGAAGAUAAAGUACCACAAUCUAGUCAACUCAAGAAACCAACAACGAAAUAUCAAUCGGAUGAAUAUGGCGAAGGUAAUGAAAGUGAGCACGAACUAAAUGACACGUCAGCAACAGAGUACAGUAAUGUAAAUGUUCUAACCGCAAACCCAGCAGCAACAGAAACAAAAGUUUCAACAACCAAAGUAAUGACAUUAUUUGAUGCAACCGCAACGCCAUUCGCAACCGAUCCGAUGGCAACGAUUGCAAAUGAGCCAGCAAACAAUUUAGAGCAUCUGGAAGUGGCAAUUGGAAACGAUGUAGGAAAGGAAAUUGAAAAUAUUGACAAAACCAAUGAAAUGCAAGUGGAAACUAUUCACCAACAGCAACACCAACACUUCGAAGCCGACACAGAGUUGCUUGCGGAGAACACAAACGACAAGUCGGCUUGGGUGGCUACCGGAUUACAACACAUCAGCAACACGCUUUCAGCACAACCGGGCAAGACGACAAGCCCAGAGAGUGCGGAGGAGGAGCAUAAAGGGGUGCCAAAACCGGAAGUGAUGUGCAACAAAACGGAGAUAAUUAAAAGUGAGCAGUACAACAAAACAAAUGAAAAUGAAACUGAAACCGUGAAUGAAAAGGCAGACAUGAUAUCUGGAGGACGUGUGUUUCUCGGACGCUCCUUGAGUUAUACGAUAAGCUGUCAUAUCAGCAAACACGAAGUGCCCACUACAAUCGUACCAGUCGUACAUGCAGCCAACACUACCGAUGAAAUUGACAAUAACCGGGAGAAAAUAAUAAAAAAUCAUGAACAGUUGACAAUUACAAGUGCCGAUGACAGCAGAAAUGGACUGCCAGUGGGAACCCUGAAGCCCUUAGAGGCCGAGCGGACAGAGCAGCGCACUGAAAUGGACGGCAGUGGUGACAAAGCGAAUGAAGGCGUCGCUGAUGUAGGUGUAGGCAGUGCUGACACUGAUGGCAGUGGAUAUUAUGGCGUAGGCAAUGAAGAGGAGGGAAUGGAGAGCGGCGAAAAUUACUACAUUGAUGGGGUUGUGCAUGAAAUUGAUGGCGAUACCGAUGCUGAUGGCGAUGGUGCUGCUGAUGUUGAUGACUAUGUGACCGGCGCUGCAUCGUUUCAUGUUAAUGGCAUUCAAAGCCGUGUGAGGCAGGCAGCUGGAAUGACAGCAGUCGCACAAUUGACAACCAGUUUAGAAACAGAUAAUGACAAAACAUACGAGUAUGACACUCGACAGCCACUCCAAGGCGGCUGGAGUGAUAAGGACGUCAAUUUCCAAAGUGUCGAGCAUGUGGCACCAAGCGUCGUCAACAGCAAAAAUACCAAACAAGUGGACAGCAGUGAAGGUGGCGCUGACAAAGAUUACCAAGAUGAUGAUGGCUACGAUGACAACGAUGGUGACGAUGAUGACGAUGAUAAUGAUGGCAAUGCGUCCAUUGAAGCCGUCGAAUUUGUGACCAGUGAUUACCACACAGAGAAGGACAGCAAAUAUCGAGAAGCAGCGCAUAUUGGCAGUGUGGACCGUGAACCCAACAGCAUUGCUGUGACUGCCGAUGCUGACGCAACGGUGGAAGCUGAUAAUAUGUUGCAAUACAAGCUUGCCAAAGCGGAAGCUGCCGCUGUUGAAGCGCAGGAAAAUAACGAGAACUACAAUGCAGAGCUGUUGAAAACCGAGACAGAAUCAACAAAAUUGAAAAAUGCCAGCGGUGGAGUUAGUGACGCGAAUAGCGAUAAUUCCGAAGAUGACGACGACGACGAUGACGGCAAAGGCGAAAGUGCCGACGCCGCUGACAGUGAUGAGGACGAGGACGAGGAAAUGGCGGAUGUGAGUGGCAUAGCUGCUGAUGCUGAAGCGGAAGAUUCCUCUGCUGCUGCCACUGAUCCGAUGAUUGCUGUCGCAGCUGCCACUAAACCGAACGGCGACGACGUCAAAAGCGCACAGAGCAAUGCAUCGCGCUGA